AUGAGUUCUCAACGUUACAGCUUACUCGGUGUGCCUGGAGCCCUUGCUUGGGAGAUGGGGGAGUAUGAGUCCGAGUACCGACCGCAGGGGCUCACGACUGAGGUCUCCCCAGUCAGCCUGCUCUCUGAGCACGGCUUCGCCUCAGAAUACGAUCACCAACAGAACCUUGAAAGUACUCAACAUCAACACAAUGGCAACGUCGACCCAAACCCGCAUAGCUUCGUUGCAAGUGUACCUGAUCACCCGUCUGAAAUCUAUCCAGAGAACUAUGCAGCCGGUCUCACAUCAGAGUACAUUGACAGUUCAGAGCCCAACACCUUCCAAGAUGUGGCUUCCAGUUUAUUCGGCCAACCUCUUCGCCGCUUCUACUUCCGCACCAUAGUCGGCAUCCUGGGACCAAUUAUCGUAGUAUCUUAUCUCAUCACCGUUUGGCGCAUCUACCUCGCUCCACUCCAACCCGACUCAGCAGUAGCCUUUGGACCACCGGGCGCCAAAUGGGUCUUCUAUAGUUGGUUCGUCGCGGGAGUGACUGGUCUGAACUUAAGUCUCUACGGACUGGCUGGUGCCGAGGCCAGCAUGCUCAUGGAACAAACCUGGAGGGUUCAAGAUGCCAUGCGUCUUAUGUUGCAUGCCGACAAUACAUGGUCUGGCCCCGGUGGUUGGAUGAAAGCAGUCAGAUGGGUUGUGCAGAUGCGCAGAGUAAGCAACCAGCAUAGCAAGCUUCCUUCUCGGUUGUGGUUCGUUCUGGCACUUCCAAGCGUGCUUGUCUUCGUGGCCUGGCCCUUAUCAGGUCUCUGUCUCGAGAUGACUAGUGGUUUUCUUCACGGUGAGCCAUGGGGAGCGCAGGUUACCGGAUUCGUUCAAUCGACGUUCAACGCCAACCCUGAGGGUCGGAGACCCUCUCGAGGAUCCUACAUCGGCCCUCGUGUUCUCGGACAUGGCGCUGUGUACACACCCGAAAACUUCGAUCGAUCAAAGAACAAGUUUCUGAAGAAUGUUCCGGUGAUACUGCCGAACACUGAGAGCGUCGAAGGUAUAUUUUUGACCGCUCAAGGUGAAACUCCUAUCGAGGGAAAAGCUUGGGGUCUGUUGCUACAUUACGAUUGCAAUAUCGUACACAAAGUGUCUGACUUCGUUCUCUUAAAAGACCGUCGAUCUGCAACAGAUGUGUGGAGAAGUAACUCCAUCUUUCCCGAAUCCGAACGAACAGGAACUUCACGAAGAGCGGAUGAGGAUCCUCCCAUCGACGAUACCUUUGUGGAGGUAAAGAAAGAGCCCAGAGGAGGUUUCGAUCCAGGUGUCGAGGCCGCUCUACUGCAACAGACAUUGGAUGUCGGUGCAGUCAUAGAGACCGCGUAUCAAUCCCUACCGCCACAAAUACGUUCGAACGACGAACCACCCUGUGGCUGGCUUAAUGAGAUGGAAAACCAGGCAACGUCUUACUGCUACCAUAAUCUGCAAGAGGAUACUUCAAAACCGUAUCCCGGAAUCGAACACAAGAGGAAUUUUGAGGUUCUGUUGUGGCAGAAACUUUACUUACCAAUUUCUCAGCGCAGCACCAUCGUCCCUAAUAUCGAGUCCCUGUUUGGUGAGUACGUCGCCGAGGAGGAUGAGAAACUCGCAGCAAUUGGUGCGUCCUGUACGUCAAGUAGCAGUGUAGGCUCAGCAAACAUCGACGGCGUGCGCUCUACUUACUCCAACUUCCAACGGAGCGACACUCCGGUACCUCCUCGAAAGGACGAUUGUGCGAAACGCUUUGGCGAAGAGACACUCGCGUGUACACUCAGCAUCACCGACGAUGGUUGGUUGAAGUGGCUGUAUGACUCCAUAGGCCUACCGUCACCGCUUGACACGUUGAUAGGAGAUGCUAGAGAAGGGGUUCUCACUGGCUUCAUGAGAGUUAAUGAUCAGCUCGAAUAUCUACAAGCCGACCAACUUCGACAAGCCCUUCUACAAGCUUACUCCAGCUACGCCAUCAAGCUCAUGUACAAUGACGGUCGGGAUUUCAUAGGCGUCAACAAGACCAGCCUCAAGUCACACGUUCCCGACCUAACAGCUUUCGUCGCUGGUACCGUAAUUGAGCCGGGCGUCAUGCCGGCUGCUGUUCCUAUGGCUUUAUUCGGAUUAUGGGCUUUGAUCAGCUCAGGCCUCUGCCUUGUCUAUAGCUUCAGGCGACGAUGGAGCGCGAUUCUGGACGGGCAUACAGUCUUCAGGCUUGGGGCUGAGUUGCAGCAGACGUACCGAGCGAAGCUUCAACGGUAUUCUACGAUUGCUGAUAUUGAAGAGUGCGAGGCUUUGCAUGAGAUCCCGGGGUUCGUCGCUGACAUGGAACCUAAUGAGGAUGUGGGGAGGAUUGGGCUUAUCGAUGGGAAGCCAGCUAGGAAGGACAAGCUUUAUCGGUAG